AUUUGCCUACGUGUAAAGUCCAUUUCCAAGUGAGAUAAUCUCAUAACUAUUAAAAAUGUAAAAAAGCAUACAGCAGCAAAAGUGUAGCAAUGUUCAAUCCGAUUUAAGACCAAUAAAUUGUACGGCGCAGUAUACAUCAUUGAUUCCUGAGGUAAUCAUGAAGAAUGACGUUUUCAUAGCCCUUUGCAUUCAUUAAAAGCACAGCAUAGUACAGCACGGAUUGAAUUCAUCAAUGUUGGCCAACACAUUCGAAUACCACAAACUUUCUUCAAUUGGUAUUUCAGCAAAAAGCAGCAGAGCAACAAAAACUACAAAAACAACAAAGUAGGAGCACUGCUGGUGGCAGUUCAAUCAAUGCAGUAUGGGUGCAAAUGCAUCGAGCAGAUCAGAUGCAAGUCUGCUCAACGAUGAUGAUGUUAAUUUUGACCACUUUCAAAUACUACGUGCAAUUGGGAAAGGGAGCUUUGGAAAGGUCUGCAUUGUGCAGAAGCGUGACAGUGGCAUACUUUAUGCCAUGAAAUAUGUGAGUCGUUCCGCGUGCGAAUCUCGUGGUGCGCUCGGUGGAGUCAUAAAGGAGGUCGAUUUACUCGCUACAUUGGAGCAUCCAUUUUUAGUGAAUUUAUGGUUUUCUUUUCAAGAUGAAGAAGACUUAUUUAUGGUCUGCGAUUUGCUAACUGGCGGUGAUUUAAGAUAUCAUUUACAAAAUAGGGUGGAGUUUUCAGAGCAAAGUGUUGCCUUAUUUGUGUGUGAAUUAGGAAGUGCUUUAGAAUAUUUACAAUUACAAAGGGUGGUACAUAGGGACAUAAAACCAGAUAAUAUACUUCUAGAUGAAUUGGGUCACGCACACUUGACUGAUUUUAAUAUAGCAACGAGACUGCAGAAGGAUGGUUUGGCAUGCAGCAUGUCUGGAACAAAGCCAUAUAUGGCGCCGGAGGUUUUUAUGUGUGCACUGGAUGAAAUUGCUGGUUACAGCUUUGCCGUAGACUGGUGGUCCUUGGGUGUAGUGGCAUAUGAAAUGCGCGCACACACUCGUCCAUUUAUAGUGCAUUCAAACACAACGCUAGUAGAAGUUAAACAUAUUUUAAAUUCAAACGUACACUAUCCAAGAUACUGGAGUUCAGAUUUUAUAGAUCUUUUGACAAAGUUAUUAUGUGUACAUCCGGGGGGUCGUAUAAGCACCCAACAGGAACUACAACAGACACCAUUUUUACGGCAUGUUGACUUCAAAGCUAUACUUGAAAAAAAACCGAAACCUUUUUUCAAACCACCGGAGGACCAUUUAAAUUGUGACCCGUGUCUUGAAUUAGAAGAAAUGAUUGUCGAAACCCGCCCCUUACAUAAAAAAAAGAAACGUUUAGCAAAGCAGCGCUCAGCUCAACGUGACAGCGAUCCAGAUAAUGUUUUGGUUAAGGAGUUCUUAGUUUAUAAUCGCUUUAAGGAAUUGAAAAGAAAGGAAAUGGAAAAGAAGGAAAACGACUGGCAAAAGGAACUUGAGCAUGCUAUGGCUAACUCAAUAAUCAAUAGUUUAGCACCAAUACAAGAGAGACCCAAAUUAGCUACCAUCGAGGAUGCAGAGGAAAGUUCAGUAUGCCUGACAUCGAAUGGAACAUGUACAACAUCUGCCACAACUUCUGGUAAAACGCAAUUAUGCGCAAAAUGUCAAAAUCCAGGCAAAAGUGCUAAAGAUAGUGAUAGCAUAGAUUUUAUUGAUCGUACGCCAUCACCCCAGGCAACAAAUGGAACAAAUGCAACAGCUUCAACGACAGUAAAACCAGAGCGCAUAGCAGUUGUCGAAACAAGAACUAAAACAACAGCAGAACAAAUUACUCCAAACCCGGGCACAGAGUUAUGCAUAGACCAAAAUUAAUAUGUUUGAAAGUUUUGUUCUUGAUGAGUCUAAAACCCAGAAUCUUGCCAAAAGUGCUUAAAUAUCAUUAUUAUUUUUAGAAAAAAUUGAACGGAAUUAAAGAAAAUUUAUUUAAACACAAAAAAGAAAACACUCCGAAUUUUAAACAUGAAUUAAGCAUUUGAAAUUUAAUUUAUC